UAUAUUUUUUGUUGUAGGCUCACCAGCAAGGCGUGCAGGCUUUCUCUUUAAAAGGGAAAGACUCCUCCAGCAGCGUUUCUGUCGAAAUAUUUACCUUCUAAAGCCUUGGACUAAACACCCACUGCUAGAACUGGGCUCUUGGGUGCAAACCCUUCAAGCCAAGGGCCAUCGCUGUUUCUGUUUGUGGAGAGAGGCUGCUUAUUCCUCCCAGGGUGGUGGAGUUCAUAAAAAAAACAGAAUAACAUAUGGGUUCCUCGUCUAAAGGCCUUUCUCUGAGGGGUUUGCAAGGGAUAAGGCCAGCUCAGUGUGUGUGAUGGUACAGUAGCCUGUUGUUAAUGGUUUUGUCUGGUUUAUUGUGGGGAUAGGAAGGGACAUAAUGGGUUUGUUAUUUGAUUUUUAAGGCCUCAUCUGUUCUCCCAGCGAUGUGGGAGCAUAAUGCCUUAUUUCCUAGCUGAGGAUUGAGUUACUCUUGACUCUGUCAAGGAGCUUUGUUGGGUUUUUAGUGGCUUGUCUACAAAUGUAAAUGUAGAGGAGUGGGAACUGGGAUGUAUCUCAGUAGGAUUGUAGUUGUAUAUUGCUCCAUAUAUUGCAAUAUCUAGUUGUAUCACAGUAGGAUUCUCAUGCUGUUUGGAAAGGGGGAAACCACCGUGUUUGACAGCAUUUCUGUGGGGAUAAUUGUUGUAAGUGCUUCCAGGCAGGUCCUGCAGGCAGGGGAAGCUCGAUGAAUCCGCUGGAAUUCGGCACGGGACAGCUUCACACGUGAGAGGUUUGGCACUGGGGAGCCAGAGGACACCAGAUAACCUUUCAGACCAUUUAGCACAGCAGUUACUGCGUCAAGGCAACUGGAGUAAUCAGGGAAAAAAAGGGCAUUUAACAUCCUGCAGAUGUGCUGGCUCUUGCUUGUUCCAUGAAUCAGGGUAUUGCAGGAAUGAAAGUAAAGCAGUGACUUGUUUUUAUCAUUCGUGUGCGUGGCAGGUGCUUUACAGACCAGAAGAAAAGGUCCCUGCCUUGGAGAACUUAAUCUAUAAUGAGAUAUUAUUGAUCCAGCCUGCUUUGGGGCAGCUUUGCUUGCCCAUGGGGCUGCUCAGAUGGUAAGAUCUGGGACAAAUAUUUGCGUGGAACACAAGGAAUGUCGGUAGAAGAGGGCCAGGAGCUAAUUAACCUGGCAAUGUAGUGCAGUGUGUUCUCAUUGUGCACUUGGGGUUAGGUUUUAAUUUGGCAUUUUACCCUUUUGGUGUUUGUAAGGCUGUGGCUAGAAAUUUGACACUAAUGUUAACAGAACAUGUGACAUUAACUGCUGGAGUUGGAUGCUUAGGCAGCUGCUGACCAAACAAAUCAGGGUUAUUUUCCAGCCAGAUAAUUUUCCUGAUCUGAUUCACCAUGUGACCACAUAAACAAGUGUGCAAGAGCAGGACAGGGAGCUGAUCUUGGGAGGAGAGGAGCAAUGGCUGAAGCUGGUAGUCCUGUGAAAAGUGUGGGGGUUUUGAAAUUACGCCCUAGCACUGCAGAAAAAAAUACUUUAAAAUUGCCAUUGCUGGAGUUCUGACUUUUAGGAGCACGUGGUUUAGGGGGAGAGCUGUUGGCCAGUGCUAUAAAGGCGAAUCAGAGUUCAAAUUUGGUUGCUUGAGUGGAACAUCUUAUUUUUUGGAAUAUCCACACAUAGGUGUAUGGCUGAUUUGUGCUGUGGGGGCAGCCAGAGUGAGUUACAGCUGAGCAAAUCUAAGUUUAGGUGGCACUUUACACCAGGCUUGUCAGCAUGAGCUGGUUCCUGAGGUCAGGUAGUCUUAGAGCAAAAGGGGGGCAGUGGCCUGAUUUCCAGCUGUGAGUAUUGAUUGUCCUUCUUGUGUUUUUACGUGCUGGUCCUCAGCCUGUGCUUUCAGGGCAGAACAUUUCUAAACUCUCUCUCCCCAGUUGCCCCAGUUUAGACCAGACUAGAGUUACCCAGCUCAGAAACAAGAGGCAAAGCAAAACUUGACAGGUUCUACCAUUCCCCCAGCGGUGUUUUUCCAAGGCAAAAUGUCUCUUUAACAACGGGAUCCUCUCAUUGGCAGCUUUUUACCUUGUCCAGCAAUUUAUUUCCAUCUUUUCCUCAGCCCAUCUGCUGCUCUUGGUAAGGCGAGGCCUUUGUGGCAGAGGACGAGUGGGAGAGGAACAUAUUUCUUUUUUUUUUUUGGCCAUUCGGUGUUUUCUUGCUCAUAGAUGUGUUCUUACAAGCUCGUGUUCUUGCUGAUGUAUUUAGUUCUGUGGCAUUUCUGCCUGUGACGACCUGCAGGCAAAUUUGGGAGAGGAAGGUGGGAGCUUUGCUGCCUGCAGAGCAGCUGCUAUCACACGGUCGCUGUUACUCAAUAAUCGGUUGGCCUGGACAUCAGGUUGCGAAAAUUUAAACAAAUUGUAAAACUGCUUGAACUUUGCCCCGCACAUCCUGCUUGUUUCUCUGUCCUGUUCCUGUUGCUGACUGUGUGGGGGGAGUGGGGAUUUCAGGAAAACAAAUCCAGGUUAAAAUAAGCGACUAACAUCACGGCGCGGGAGAGCUUAACGUGGCUGCUGCUGCGUGUGAUGAUCAGCUUUGUAUUGUUGGCUUUUGUAGUGGGGAUUUCUCAUCAGAGGCCAUGGAGCUCUCGGCCAACGAGCUCAGCAUCUAUGACAAGCUCUCAGAGACGAUUGACCUGGUCAGGCAGACGGGCCACCAGUGUGGCAUGUCAGAAAAAGCCAUUGAGAAGUUCAUCAAGCAGCUCUUGGAACGGAACGAACCCCAAAGGGGCCCUCCACGGUACCCUCUCUUAGUGGCUCUCUACAAGGGCCUGCUCACUCUGGGGUUGGUCUUGCUGACUGUUUACUUCGUGAUCCAGCCCUACAACCCGCUGCCUCCUGAAGCUCCGCUCUCCAGAGCCCAGGCCUGGGGCUCCCUCAUCGGCCACAUCCGGCUGCUCCCUCUGCCCAUCGCCAAGAAGUACAUGCUGGAGAAAUGCCAGGACUGGUGGGCAGCAGGUUGCAGACAGAACACUUCUGCACUUCCUGCAAACUGCACAGUCUGUUCUGCUGUGAAAAGCCUUCAGAUAGUGACAGGCUCCAGAAAACUAUCAGAAGAGCUCCAGAGGCACCAGCCUUUUCUAAUCAAGACAGGGCAGCAUCUCUCCUAUGAAGAACUGAAGCAUUUGCAGUCCCAGGAUCCAGAACUGGCAGAGGUUAUAAUAGAAGAAAAUUCAGCUGAGUUGUGGAGCUGCCCAUUUUCCUUUCCCUGGAACAAAUCUGUGAAUAAAUCUGGGAUUCUGCGGGAAUUUUUACGUGCACCCUCUUUGCUGUCCUUCCCCAAGACAGUGUCCCUGGAGAGCUGCUUCCUCAUCCGCCACCCAGAUUUGGGGAAUAAGAGCUACAGCCUGCACAGCCUCUUUGUUGUUGGAAGUGGGCAGCUCACCCUGACUGUUGCACCUCUGGACUCGUGCAGAGGACACUGUGAGGUGUUCAAGGUGGAGCUGGAAGCUGGGGAUUUGGGUUAUGCCAGCACAGAUUACUGGACAAUGAGCUUCGUGGCCAAAGGGACAGAGCCAGCAGUGGUUUGUGACGGAGCUGCCAGCUAAGGACAGAGGAGAGGGAAAACAGAGCUGUUCCCAGGACAAGAAGACUUUCAGCUUUGAAGCUGAGGCAACGUUUUGAGAGCGAGCUGGGGCAACUGGGGCAGGCAGCUUUGCCACCCUGCAUGUUUACAGUGUUUAAAAAUGACUGUUUUCCUGACCCUUGAGGUAAUUCUUUGCCUUUCCUCAAAUGUGUUUUGGGAGAAGCUCAAGCUAUUUAUGACUUGCCCUGUCCCCUCAGGUAAGCCCUGGGUUUGCAGCAAAGGUUUUUUUUCCAGGAACAGCAGAAGGAUUUCUCAGGAUGAGAUUCACCUUGUGUCCUUUGUGGAUUAUGGCACUUCUGAAACUUCCUGGGGGGGGAAGUUGGGAGUGGAGGGGGUGUGUGACAUUUCUGUGUACAUUCCUCCUGAGGAGGAAGCUUUGAGCCUGUCUUGUCAGGCCAGUUCUAUAAAGGGAAUGAAUCAGUGACGUGUCCCAGCCUCACCCCACCUCUCCCUCACAUCUGUGGCUGUGUCUCCCCCAGAGCUGAUCCCAGCUCUCUCCUCCCAGGCUGGGGGCAGCCCUGAGCCUGAGAGUCUCUGCCCCUUGCCCACUGUAUCAUUCUUGUACCAAAAGAAUCUCUUCAGGCCUCUCUGUUGUGAUCACUCUUGUGGUUCUCUAUCUGCAGGUUGUGGGUCAAAUAGUAACUGUGCUUUUUUUCCUCUUCCACCUCCUUUCCUGCAAAAAGCACCGAUGCUCAUGUUAGUGGUGCUGGGAGUGCAGGAGUUCUGGAUGGAGAUGGGGCUGGGAGCAAGCAGCUCUGUGCAGGUUUCACCUGAGACACCCAGGGCUGCACAGCCAGUUGCAGCUCCUCGUUUUGGGAGGCACUGCCUGCGUUCCCAGCCCCGAGGACCUACGGGAGCACCUGGAAGCUCCCUCAUCCCUGGCGUAUUUUUGUACCAACUCCUUCCAGACCUGGAGCUCUGCCUUCAGAGUGAAGGUUGGUUUUUCCUGGGUCCUUUCCAAGCUGCCUUUGCAUGUUUCCUGCUGCUGGAGCACUGCUGUCUGCAGUGCCCUGAGAGAGGCUCGGGUUCAGUGUUUGCAGGCUGCGGAUGCUGCCGCCCCUUCCAAGUCUGAUCCUCUGGGUCUGAUCCCGCUGCUGAAGAUCAUUUACAGAUGUGUCAGGCUGAACUCAUAGGCCAGGGCUGGGGUUCAGGACAUGCUCUCACACUUGUUAAUAUGGAACUGGGAGGGGUUUUGGUUGCAAGCGAGUUAACUCCGUUCUCAGGAGCAGGAGCCUUUCUCUCUGUAAAUAUUUUAGGUACGUGUGAAAUGACAGAUUGGAAAAAUGUCUGUCCAGCCUUUGUUUUUGAGAGAAGGGGAGCAAACAUCGUACUAAUCUUAUUAGGGGCUGACAAAAGCCGCCAAGUGGGAUGACCAUGUCUGGCUCCUGUACAAGGAUAAGGCAAAGGACAGUUCCUGCUCCAAAGAAUUUAGUCUGAGGCCUUGACACUACAAACAUUUCUAUGCAUAACCCUUGUUUUUCUCCUGUCAAAACACUGAGAACAACCCCAGCAACUCUGUCAGUCUGUGUUAAUAACCCUCAGUGCUGGCCCAACACACACACCAGAUGUAGUAGAACCAAAGGGGGAGAGUCUGACUCUCUCGGGAUAGAAAGGGACUGAUCUAAUUUGUAGCAAAAUAUUAAAGAGAAUUGGAUUAAUAAGAUUUCCAUUAGUAUUCUCAUUGCUCGGGGUGUAUUUUACAUUCAUGACACUACAUGCAAUCUUGUACAUGCCAAGACACACACACACACCCCCUCAUCCCCCUCCCUCCUCUUAAAGCCUGGGUCUUAGUUAAUGGAAAUUUGGGAGUUUGGUGAUGGCAGAAUCAGGGCCUCGUUAGUGACUGUUGCUAUUUACACUUUGGCAGCUUCUCAAAUCAAAUUCAAAGGCUGACAAGGUUCCUUCACCUCUCACUGGUUUUGUACCUGACCCAUUUUUGUAAAGCACUUGCUCAGAGAUGCUGCUGGGGCCUUUCUUGCUGAGAUUGCUGGCGGUUGGGUGACGCUGUCACCGCUAAGUGUCCUUGACUGUAACUCGUAAAAGAGCCGUGGAGACAAUUCCCAAGUGUCUGUGAUGCAUUUUGAGAGUCGCACUUAAGCCAUUGUGGCUGUCUGGCUCUUUCGGGAAGAGGCAGAGAAAAUGGAUCUAUUUACGUUUAAUCUGUUUAGAUUUGGGGGGAGGGGGGCAGGAAAAGGGCAGGUUUGUGCCUGUUUAGCAAAAGUGUUCUCACGUGUUGCUUCUCCCCUCCUCAAAGAGCUGCAGCUGGUUGGACAGGAGCUGGUGAGUGUGGCCUGUGUGUGCAGAGCAGCUCUCCAAGUGCACUUUAUGGGCUCUGCAUAAGUUUCCAGCUCGGUGUCUGGGCGAUACAUUGCAUAUGUCCCAGCCUCGCUCCCUUCGGAGUUUACAUCAUUUGUUUUUAAGCUUUCCAGUAUAUUUUCUCUUCCUCUUCCAAAAGCUGUAAGGAAUUAGCUGCUAAACUAAAACAGGAGGGCAGUUCUCCUGCUGAUAAAGAGCCGAUUUUGGCUGAAGCUGCCGAGCCCCAGCCUGCAGCACAGCUUCCAGAGCAGCUCCUGUCUCCAGCUGCCAGAGGAGUGGUGCUCGCACCUCCGGCACCGCAGGGCGAGGAGCCAGGCGGGAAACCUGGAGGUGAGGCCAAAGUGGCAAAACGUGGAUGGCCAAAAGGAGGUUUCGAUACCUUUAGCUGCAGGUGAGCCCUGGUGGUGUUUCUCAUCCAGAGCUCCAGCUUUACAGAGCCCUUGGAAAGGCUGCAGGAGGCUGGGACUUCCCUAGAGAGCCCGGUGAGGCUGAACUGGGGGGGAUGGGGCUAUUUCUGCAGCUAUUCUUGGUGACAGAUCACAGAGGGGGUGUCCCACCAUGGUCUCCCUCACCUCAGCUCUCCUUUGGCACUCACUGUGCUGGUUUGGACAAUCCCCCACUCCCACCCUGCCCAGCUCAGAGGGGUUCCCAGUCAGCGUGUGCGUCCCAGUGUUUUAAAAUCCCUUUGUGCUUCAGAGCUCGUGUUCUGUUGGCUGGGAGAUGGAUUCCUGCUCACCCAACGUCCCUCAGGCUGCAGAGCUGCUCUGAAAUCACAGCAGAAAUCGGUACUACCCCCAGGCAGAGAUGGGGAGGGGUCACCUGUCACCUUGCCAGGCUGGAAAGACGGGCUGUGCCCCGUCAGCUGGGCAGGAGGAUCGUGGUUUGAAGCUGCUUCCCAAAGCAGGGGUCACUGACCGUUGCUCUCAGUCCUGAACUCAGGGUAAUUGAAAGGAGGAGAAAGGACUAUUAUGAUUUACUUCAGUACCAGGAAAUCAGCAGCCCCCAUGGGACAGUUUCUAUUGAUUUUUUUCUUUCUUUCUUUUUUUUUUGUUUCUUUUCUGGUUUUUUCCUCCCCACUGGCACUGCACACACUGAUUCCCCCAGGGCUCCCAGCCUCAGGCUCCCUUUGCACCACCCUGGAGAGCUUUCUAGAGGCAGAUUUCCCGUGAGUCUCUGGACUUCAGCUUCUCCCAAUAGUCCUGUUUUUCCAGUUUUCUGGUGGAGAAGCUGGUAAGGCUGGGCUGGAUCAAAGCACCUCCCUCCCUUUGUGGCGUCCUGGGCUCCAGCAGCAGGAGCAUCCCAAGUGAGAGGAGUUGGGAGCAGGGCAUCUCAUGGUAGAGAUGUGAGCUCUGUAAACAUCAGUGUCUCUCCUCCUGCCUUGAAACCCCUGGUUCUCCUCAGUAAUGCUGCUCCAGGAGGGAAUUUUCCACAUCCACCCAAUUCCAGGCUUGGUGGUCCAUGUCCAACCCCAUGGUUUCUAAGUGAACCAAACGCUUCCUGGGGUGAGGCCAUUUCAGUGGGUGCACAAAGAGCUUUUGCUUCCUGCAGGCCAAACUUUCUCCUCUUGGUAAAUUUUGUAGGUAGAGCUCAAUAUUCUCCUCUUCAGGAUCCUCUUCCUUUUAAAGGGCAGAUUCAGUGUCCUGCUGAGUUAGACAAGGGAGAUGCUGGACUUCCCCUUUGCUUUGGACAUUCAAAACAAAUGGCAGGUGAUUUAUUUUUAGCAUUAUCUCUUCGUCUUGGGGAGGGGAGCCACGUUCUAAAGGCUCAGGGGUGCUGGGAAGUAAAGCUAUAUAUGCAUAAAGACUUUCAAUGCUGAACACUAAAUUCAGUGGUGGAUUCAAAAACAAAAAAGAAUGUAAAUAUGCACUUAAUGCAGAAUUUUAUGGAUGGUCAUAAUUUAAUAUAUUGCAAACUUUGUAAAUACUUGGGAAAAGCCUGUAAAGUGUGUAAAUAAAUGAGAUUUGUAUGUAAAAAGAAUAAAAAAGUUUUUACUUUUUGCAAUUAAAUACAAGUGUUAAUGCACCUUU